CGGCCGCUGGCGUCAGUCCCCGGUGGUCGGGCGCGCGCGGCGGAGCUGAGUCGGUGCCUGAGGGGCCGCGCCGCUGCACAGCACGUGCGCUCGGGUUUUCGUGUCCUUCUUCUUCCUGGAUGGAGCAUUGAUUGGUGAGCGUUUACUCAAGAUAGAAAUGUUGGUGAUUGCUGAAUAGCCUUCAAUUUCUUGCCCGCAGAGGCAGGGACUGGUAGCAGUGACGCAACAGAGAUCUAAUGAGCGUGGCGAUGCGGCAGAACCGGCGACCGCUGCUCGUCGCGGUCGUCAUCUCCACCACGGUGUGCUGGGUGGUGCUGGCCACGUACAUUAACCCCGGCCCCGCCCUCGGCUCCGGCCCCACCGCCGCCCCCGGCCCCGCCCCCGGCCCAGGCCCCGCCUUCGCCCCGGCGGCUGCUGGCGAGGCGCUGUCGCUCGCGGACCCGGUCGCCUGGAGGGGCUUCUCGAAGAAGGAGAUCUCUCAACUGUCGACACUUGGCCGGAUGCUUUUCUUGCAAGAUACUGCGAACCUCACUCGAAGAAACAAAACCUUUACCGUCCUUAUUUGGAAAAACGGACUCAAUAUGGAAAAUAGACAUAUUUUCCAACAUGAUCCUUAUGAAGAUUGCUCAGUACGUAACUGCCGUAUAGAAUACGACGAUAAAUUCUUGUCCAAAGCAGACGCGGUUAUUUUUCAUCUUCAUCGGACGAAAAGCAUAAAUGAGCUACCUCGACGUUUGCCAGAGCACAGAAACCAAAGAUGGAUAUUUCUUACUGAUGAAAGUCCUCAUCAUACAUUUCUGUUUGACAGAAGUACUAAUAAAUUAAAAAACUAUGUCGGCGUUUUUAAUUGGUCUAUGAGCUACAGAAUGGAUUCCGAUGUGCCGGUGCCUUACGGUCGCGCCAUCCCCUUGACGAAGGAAGAAGCUGCAGCUGCCCUGGCGACAAUUCCUGUGUCGAAAAAUUAUGCCCUCGGCAAAACCGGCACCGUCGCUGUGAUGGGGUCAAAUUGUGGCGGCUGGAACCAUCGGUGGGACUACGUCCGCGAACUGCAAAAGCACAUGCGCGUAGACGUCUACGGAGGCUGCGGCAAUGAUUCGAAAGCGUGUCCUGGAGGCUUCACGAAAGACUGCCCGAAAAUCAAGAACUAUAAAUUUUAUUUGGCGUUCGAAAAUUCAAACUGCCGAGAUUACGUCACUGAAAAAGUGUGGUGGAACGCUGGAAAUAUAAAUAUAAAAUUGUGA